AUGUCCGUCGUCUCACUGCUAAUACUGUCAAUUAUUCCGUAUUCCAGUGGCAUUGAGGUUGCUUCUGCCUUCAAGAAAACUACUGGCAACAAUUCACUAGCGCUUGAACAAUUUCAACAAGUUCAAUUAGGAUGGACACGUGAUCGAAUGACACAGUAUGCUAGUAGUGCAGGAAAAGUUAUACCAACACAUUCUAAUAUUUCAGAUACUAUUCUAGUACAAUAUCAACGUUCAUCAUCUUAUAUAGUUGCUAUGCUAUAG